GAUAAGUGUGAUUAGGGAUUUCAAUUUUUGUUUGACAGAGAAAGAGAAAGAUGGUGACGAAGGAGCAAGUCGAAGCUUCACUGACUUCGAAACUUAAGCCAAUUCAUCUCGAAGUCAUUGACAUAUCUGGAGGAUGUGGUGCGAGUUUUGAGAUCGAGGUUGUCUCUGAGCAAUUCGAAGGGAAGAGAUUGCUGGAGAGGCACCGUAUGGUGAAUGCUGCGCUUGAAGAAGAAAUGAAAGAGAUUCAUGCUCUCUCUAUUAAGAAAGCUCAGACUCCACAACAAUGGAAGCCACCGUCACAAGACUCUGCAACCUUAACCAAAGAUGCCUGAAUUUCUUUUUUUAAGGUCGUUUGUGACAAAGAACAGAGCAUUACUACUAUGUUUCGAUGAGGUGUAAACAUUUUCCAAAACAUAUACUUUAUCCGUUUAAUUUGUUGCAAAAUA